AUGAACAGUCUGGUGGCCACGCCUCCUCUCCCUCCUCACUUCUAUGAGAACCCUCGAUUCUCGCCCUCUCGUAUAAUGUCUACCCCAUCUUCCUCCUACACCAGCCGAAAGCGGAAAGCCGACGACGACAGUCAUGAUCACGAUGGACGCAUGUCCGCCUCACCUACCAACUCGCCCGCCUUCACGCCUCGUCAGCUUCCCUCGUUCCGUAACAUCAAGCGAUCCCGACCCAACGUCUCUGGCAGACCGCUCUCUUUGCCUCGACUUUUAGAGACUCUUGAUACCGACGCCUUGCGGACAGUCUUGCGGACCAUGUGCGAACGCCACCCUCAACUUACCGAUGAGGUCGCCCACACCUCUCCUCGACCUAGUGUCUCUUCCACCCUCCAGGUCUUGCGAAACUAUCAAGCGGCGCUACAGUCCUCCUUUCCUCUGGGUGGUAACACUGAGUCUGACUAUGCCUAUAAUCGAGUUCGGCAGCCGCUCACAAACCUCCUGGAAGCCUUGAGCGACUUCACACCCACAUUCUUACCGCCCAACGAAACACAACCCUCUGUCUCCCUGAGCUACUUGGAUGGGGCGACUGAUAUCAUCCAUGCUCUUCCUCGCUGGAGCUCGCCGCAAAACAAUAUAGAACGUGAUUCCGCAUACGAUGAGAUUUGCAAGGCCUGGAUCCUGGUGAUCCGUGAGGCUGCCAAACGAGGUGGUGGUAUUCAACUGCAGUACGGCGGCUGGGACCAAAAACUAGCCAAACACAACCACAAUUCUGAAGGGAAGAUGCAGGCAGCGGUUAACGAACUCGGACUGAGUCUCGGAUGGAUGAACGGGCCGGACUCCCCGGCACAUCAUGGAUCCGGGGGUGCCAACAGUGAAAUGGGAUCUAUUCGCGACCAACUUUUAUCUGGAACAUAUGGCCUGGGCGCACCUGUCAAAGUUGGCCCAUGGUGA